AUGACCGAAGAAGCACGGAAAGGUGCAGUGCACAUCAAAUAUGGCCAUGAAGUAGCCAUGGCCCGCGACGAACGAUUCUUUUAUCCAUACCAGGGAAGCACAGUCCGUAUCGAUUCAAUCCUGAACGCUACAAUGGGAUACCUAAACGGUGUACCCCAACAUGAUGGAUCUGAAGGAUCGUCGUCGUCGUCGUCGAUGCAAACAUUGGGUCAGCUGGUACAAUCAAGACUGGAUCGAUUUAAGCACGACUAUGAAGCAGUGUCAAAGCAGCAAGAGUAUACCCUGCAAGCCUCCUCUGACUAUAUUUUGAUGGGUGCACUCAUGCAUCGCAGCAACUACGAUCAACGACAGCCCGAGUGGGAGCUUUAUUUACGCGAUUACAUUUCAAGUGAGAACGGUAAAUUAUGGAGAAUACUCUCCGAGCUUAAUGCCGAUAGAAACGAAACCAAGAUCACUUCAGAUCAAGCAUUGGCAGAUAUUCAUGGGGAAGCAACUGUGGAUGAAGAUGGAAAAACGGUACAACCAAGCGCACAUCCAAGAGAGUUCCGCCCGGUCUAUCUAUUUUACUGUAACCGCACCAUGGUAGCUGAAACCUUUCACAGCACAAUUGAAGGAUCCGCAUCCUCAAACACAGCACCAACUUCAGUAGCAGGACAAACGACGUCAAAUACCAAGGCAUGCAACGCAGCAGCAGCUAGUGCUGCUGCUGCAGAAGAAGAAAGCGGCAUUACUUUGGCCGACUACAUCCUCGACGAGGAUGAUCAACACUACAUGUAUGAAAAUCCUGACGACGACAAGGUCUGCAAAGUAUGUGGCAUUGACGAGAUCAUUGAGGAUGUAAACAACAUGUUUUAUUGCGACCACUGUAACUUGGGCGUCCAUCAACUGUGUGAAGAUCCGACUAUUGCACAAUUCGAGACAGAGCUGGACCCUUGGUAUUGUCGUGAAUGCAGUCGACAGAAGGGAUUACCCAUGCCCCAACCCAAAGACCAGCAAGCCUUGUUAGUGCUACCUGCAAAGCGAUCGAAUGAUGGACAACACUCUACAAUGGAAGAAGCAAAGCGAAAACGCGAAGAAAGGGGAUGA